UUGGCGGGCACUGCUUUAAUGUUUCUCUAAUAUGCAUAUACCAAGCACCAGUACGGGAAAAAGAGGCAGACCGCAAGUAGAGUUUUCGGUAGCUUCAGAAAAGUCAAAAUUGCGAAAGGUUAGUAAAAUACUUGAAGAACAUAGUGCGGAAGAAAUUACUUAUGCAGCACGGAAAGUAACAAAAAAUGAAACGAAGCCUGAUAACACUAUAAAGAAGUGUCUUGAACCCUUUGAAGCGCUGGCCUUGUGUUUAGAUUUAGAUUUAUCGGAAGAAAAAUAUAAUAGACUACGCAAAGUUGCUAACAAUAUACAUGCGGAUUUUUUCCCAAGCACGUAUGCGUUAAACCAAUUAAAACAAAGUUUAGUACCACAUAUAGAAGCGACGGAAACUUGA